GGGUUUGGGAAUUCCUCUUCUUUCUCGCCUGUUCUAUCGAAAUCUCGGCGCCCUGACGAUGAUUCCUCGUGGCAGGAUCCGGGAUUUCCUUCUGGCCGAGCGAUGACCAAUGCCUGGGACGAGCAAGCAACGAGCUCGCGCAUCCAGCUCGGGGAUUUGCACGCCACCGCCGAUCCAGAGGUAGAGGAGGAUCACAAUAGCGACGAGGGAGGAGGAGUAGUGGAAUUCUCCAGGCCAGGAUCGUCAGGGGAGAGGGGAUUGUCGACGAAGAAGAAGGAGCUGCGAAGGGUGUGGAGGCAGGAGUGGAAGGCCAAGCACAAGUGGGUGUAUCCCAUCAAGAACAGCGAGGGCGAGCUCCGGCUCAAGUGUACGUGGUGCACGUACUACAACAUGGACAAUGUGUACGCGCGGGAGGGGUGUAGCACCAUCCAGAUGAGCGCGCUCAACACCCACGCCAAGUCCGAGGCGCACAGGGCCGCCGAGAGCCGGAUUUGCGUCCCCACCUCGCUCGCUCUCCCCGACGCCCUCUACGAUGGAUCCAAGAAUGGAGCCGACUCGGACGGGCUGGACGACGUUCCCGGGGUGAAGAAGCGGCGCUUCUCCACGAGCCCGGUGAAUGGUGGCGGCGGUGCGAGCUCCUCCCCCUCCACCAGGGCCGAGGUCCUGGGACUAAUCAUGCACAAGAACAACAGCCGGGUGGUGCAGCUGCUGGUGGACGCGGAGAGCGGGCGGAACGCGCGGCACGCGACGAGCGUGGCGCUGGCCAAGAAGCAGCUCAAGCUGGACGAGCGGCGGCUCCAGAUUGAGCAGCACCUGCUGGAGCAGGACAGGGCGCGGCUAGAGGCGCACGUCCGCCUCGGCCAGAGCUUCAUCGCCGCGCUCACCGACAUUGGCGACGGGCUCAAGCGCAUCGGCAAUGCCAUGGAAGCGGCAAAGACGUAGUUUGAAGAACCCUAAAUACAGAGUUUCCCGCGAUUUCCGGAAGAACCCUAAUCUUGCCGAGGAGCCCUAAUUUUGUCCGAAAAACGAAAAACAGGGGAGGGCUGUUGGAAA